AUGGCAGAGGAUCCCGAGAAGAAAUUCCACUCCAUCAUGGACAAGCUCUUUAGUUCCUCCAAGUCCUCCUCUCUUAGUUCGUCCAUGGGAGAAUCGUCGAGAGGGAAGAAGCGGCCGAAUCCCGAGUCUGCAUUAGCUUUAGUGGAACCAAGAUCGAUGGUGGAUAUCCUCGAUGUUUCUCGGCGCUCUUCAGUAGCUCAGAGCAAUGCUCCAUUGUGUAGACCGUGGGACAGAGGUGACUUAAUGAAGAGGGUGGCUACUUUUAAAUCCAUGACUUGGUUCGGCAAGCCAAAGGCUGUAAAUGCUGUGAACUGUGCAAGGAGGGGGUGGAUCAAUGUGGACACAGAUAUCAUAGCAUGCGAAGCAUGUGGUGCACGUCUCCUUUUUUCAACUCCAUCAUCUUGGCCACAGCAGCAAGUUGAAAAAGCAGCAUUGGUAUUUAGCUUAAAGCUGGAUAGUGGACACAAGUUACUGUGUCCAUGGGGUGACAACGCAUGUGAUGAAAGAUUGGCAGAAUUUCCUCCCACCCCCUUUCCGGUUCUAGCUGAUAAAUUCAAAGAACGCUCCUCAAAACUUCUGCAGCUCCUGGCACUUCCUGUAGUUUCAUCCUCAGCCAUCGAAUACAUGAGAAGUCCACAGCUGGAAGAAUUUCUUAGCCAGUCUUUAACACUCGACCUCUGCAAUGAAUCUCCCAGUAUGUCCGAAAUAGAGUUCUUGGGAAAUGAGAAAGAAGCUGACUGUGCAAACUUGUAUUAUCAGGCGCAAAAGUUAAUUAGUCUGUGUGGUUGGGAACCACGUUUACUACCUUAUGUUGUUGAUUGCAUUGAGAAACCAAAGGGGUCUGAAAUUUUGAAGUCAUCUCUUGCUGAUUCUACAAGAAAUAGUUCAAGUAAUGUCCGCUCAGCUGCUACUGGAGAAAGAGAGGUUAAUGAAGAAGGUGGGAACAAUAUUGUCUCGUCUGUUGAUCCUAAUUCCAUUGUUUUAGAUUGUGGGCUUUGCGGAGCUAGUGUGGGAUUGUGGACCUAUUCUACAGUUUCAAGGCCUUUGGAGUUGUUUAGGGUGGCUGGAGUAGUAGAAGUAAAUGGCAACAGGAGUGGCGGGCAAGAACUAGAAAAUGCAGAUCCUGUUAACAAAGACGGAGUUUUAACUUCGUCCUCAAAUAGUUUUCUGUUUCCCCCCACAAAUAUGAAAUUCACUAUUGCUGGGGGUCCUCCGCCAACAAAGCAGAACUUCAAAGCAACAGUAUCACUGCCUGUUAUUGGGAGGAAUUUGAGGGCCAGGCUGUCAUAUGACAAGGAUUUUGGAGACCAUUCAAGUGGAAGCCAGUUGGAUCCUGCAUCUCAGUCUGAAAAAUUAAUUAUGUCGAACAUGGAAAGGGAUCACACUGAAGAGAAGGCAGGUGAUAAUCCAUCUCAGUCCGAGACACUGGAGUCGUCAAAGAGAAAAGAAAAUGAUCAAAGGCAGGUUAGUGCUUCAAACAGUGAGAAUCCGUCUGUGAUCAACCCUGGAGGAUGUGAAACUCCUGAAACGGAUAAUGCUCUGCCGCAGUUGGAAGCAAGCACAAGUGUUGUUCCAAAUACGCAUUCAAACCAAUCUGAAAGUUCGACCAUCCAAAACAGUUUGAUAUCUGCUGAAAAAAGCAACAGUGGCACUGGAGGACCACAGAAUCAAGCUAAUGGAGAUGUUUUGCUCUCGGGUACUGUUAAGGAAUUCAAGGAACUUUCAUCAAACAGAAGUAUGGAUUUUGAUCCAAUCAGACAGCACAGGCACUUUUGCCCAUGGAUUGUGUCGACCAACAGUGGCGCACCAGGUUGGCAGCAAACUCUGACUGCUUUGCAACGCCGGAAUGAUCGGUCUAAUUCGUCACGCAAAACUCCUUCAACCUCUUCGAUUAUCAAGGUGAACGAUCCCAUAACUUCAGUUAGAAGGCUUUUUAGGUCUCCAUCAGCCAAAAGACCAAAGCUCACACCCGGAUCAAGCUGA